AUGGCAGAAGGACAUUUCCUCAUUCGAGAUGUAGCGACGACGACGCCGACUGUGAUUACAGCGGACCAUCCGCCGAUUUCUUCUGCCGGGGCCGCCCUGAUUGCAGUUGAUAUAGUUAUGCUGCUUCUAGCUACGAGUUGGACCGGAAUGAGAAUCUGGGUUCGCAGAUACAAGCACCUUUCAAUGUUCAUGAUUGAAGACAUCCUCUGCUAUCUCUCCUUAAUGUGUUAUUGCGGCGCAGUCACCGGUCACAUCAUCUCCGUCGUCGGCGGUGGCGUCGGCCACCACAUCAAAACUCUGUCCAACUUCCACGUCGAACGUUAUUCAAAGCUUUCCUUCUUCGCACAAAUAAUCUACGGUCCAGUUGUUGGGUUGGUCAAGCUCAGCAUCAUCUUCAUGCUCCGACGUGUAUUCUUCACGAAACGGUUUCGCAUCGCAUGCUACGUGGUUAUGGGUGUUGCCGUGGCAUGGAUGACCAUGCCUAUUCUCGUGGCACUUCUCGUUUGCCGGCCCUUGGAGUUUAACUGGAACAGACAAUUACCACAUGGCCAAUGUGGAAACAAAACGUUGGCGUACGCCCUGGUCGGCGUCGUGGACCUGAUAUCUGAUGCCCUGAUUCUGGCACUGCCGAUGCGUAUGGUUUAUCAGCUGAGGGUAUCACGGCCACACAAGAUCGCGCUAGCUGGUAUAUUCGGACUGGGAACAAUGUGCGUUAACUAUCAGAUCAAUCUACCAACUGCACAAUGGAAGACUAACCAGAGCACUUUUCAUAGAACCAUGGUUUUUACCGCGAUUCGGCUUUACUACGUUUACAACCUCGAUGUCACUGAUAUUACCUACACGACAGUCGUUCCGAGCAUCAUCGGUAGCGUACAAAUGGGAGUGGCCAUUAUGGUCGCCUCAAGUCCCCUUCUGAGACCGUUAUUUGACCGUGCAUUCGGCAACUUGUUCGGUCUGUCUUUGCGGAGCAUUGGCCGAACGUCAGAAAGAACCCCUGCCAGCAAGCCAACAUCAGGGAAAGAGCUUGUAACUUUCGGAAGGUUAGGGGUGAAACAGGAAUUUCAAAAAAUGAAUGACAGUGAGGAGCAUUUGAGAGGGGAGCAAGCGGGAGCUAAAUAG